AUGUCGCAGAAGGUUGUAGAAUUCGAAGUUUUAGCAGAAGACGGUCCUGCCAGAUGUGCUAAAAUGGGAUUUCAUCGUCCAAGUGACUUUUAUUUUGAAACACCAAUCUUUAUGCCCGUUGCUACACAAGGAUCUCUCAAAGGAUUGACACCUGAACAGAUUUUAGAUCUUCCUCAUAGUCCACCUAUCAUAUUAGGCAAUACUUAUCAUCUUGGUCUCAGACCAGGUCCUGAAUUACUCAAAGAAGUUGGUGGACUUCACAAAUGGAUGAAUUGGCCACACGGAAUGCUCACAGAUAGUGGUGGAUUCCAGAUGGUUUCACUCGCAAAACUCUCUACAGUUACAGAAGAAGGCGUAAGAUUCACCGCUCCCCAUGCAAGUGGAGCUGAAAUCUUAUUAAAGCCCGAAGACUCAAUCCACAUACAAAAUGCUAUCGGAUCCAACAUCGCCAUGAUGCUUGACGAUGUUGUUCCUUCUCUAAUGACAGGUCCUCGUGUUGAAGAAGCGAUGUAUCGUACAAUCAGAUGGUUAGACCGCGCCAUCGAAGCCCACGAGCGUCCAAACGACCAAGCAAUCUUCGCAAUAGUACAAGGCGGACUUGAUCAAGAGAAGAGAAAGUUCUGUGCCCAAGAAAUGGUCAAAAGAAAAGAUAAACUCGGCGGUUUCGCUGUUGGCGGACUUUCUGGCGGCGAAGCAAAAGAGAUAUUUUGGCAAUCCGUCAAGACAUCAGUUACAGAGCUUCCUAGGGACAUGCCUCGCUAUUGCAUGGGUGUUGGAUACGCUGAAGACAUUGCUGUUUGCAUUGCUUUGGGUGUUGACAUGUUUGACUGUGUUUAUCCAACAAGAACAGCCAGAUUCGGAACAGCUUUGAUGUGGAAUGGAAAUGAACAUGUUUCUCGAUGGAAAGGACAGGAAGAACCAGUUGAAAAAGAGUGCGGAUGUUGGACAUGCAAGCACGUAACAAGAACAGCUUUGUUCCACAUGCAACACACUCCAAUGUGUGGACAAUUGUUGUCUAUUCAUAACGUUGAAUUCCAGAACAGAUUGACUUCUUACUUCAGAGAAGGAAUCAAAAAGAAAGAACUCGGAAAGUACGAAAGAGAUUUCUUCAACAAUAGAUACCCAGACGGAAAUAUUCCACAAUGGGUUGUCGAUGCUUUGGCUUCUGUUAAUAUAGAUGCAAAGAAAUGUUAA